GUCGACGCUUCCGGUCUCUGACGCGUCGCUUCGGCAGAAGCAAGGCCUGUGGGCUGUGCCGGGUGGCGGACCUUAGCUGAGCGCCUCGAGGCGUAGGGUGUUCUUUGCCAGAGGGGCCAUCUGGAUUGUGUCGGACCCGUGACUUGCCAUUGGUUUCUUCCCAGCAUGAUCCGCUGGGUCCCCAGCGCAUCUCCUGGAACAACCCAUUCGUCCUGGCCGAACCCUCAGCAGCCAGAGAUGGUCCUUGAGGAGAAUGCGUGAGACAUUAUGGGCCACGCACUGUGUGUCUGCUCUCGGGGAACUGUCAUUAUUGACAAUAAGCGUUACCUGUUCAUCCAGAAACUUGGGGAGGGUGGGUUCAGCUAUGUGGACCUAGUGGAGGGGUUACAUGAUGGACACUUCUACGCCCUGAAGCGAAUCCUGUGUCAUGAGCAGCAGGACCAGGAGGAGGCCCAGAGAGAAGCAGACAUGCAUCGCCUCUUCCAUCAUCCCAACAUCCUUCGCCUUGUGGCUUACUGUUUGAAAGAGUGGGGCUCAAAGCAUGAGGCCUGGCUCCUUCUACCCUUCUACAAGAGAGGCACGCUGUGGAGUGAGAUAGAAAGGCUGAAGGACAAAGGCAACUUCUUGUCUGAGGAUCAAAUUCUUUGGCUGCUGCUGGGUAUCUGCAGGGGCCUUGAAGCCAUUCAUGCCAAAGGUUAUGCCCACAGGGACCUGAAGCCCACCAAUAUCUUGCUUGGGGAUGAGGGGCAGCCAGUCCUAAUGGACUUAGGUUCCAUGAAUCAAGCACGUAUCCAUGUGGAGGGUUCCCGACAGGCCCUGACCCUGCAGGACUGGGCAGCACAGCGGUGCACCAUCUCCUACCGUGCCCCGGAGCUCUUCUCUGUGCAGAGCCAGUGUGUCAUUGAUGAGCGGACUGAUGUCUGGUCCCUAGGUUGUGUGCUCUAUGCCAUGAUGUUUGGGGAAGGUCCUUAUGACAUGGUGUUCCAGAAGGGUGACAGUGUGGCUCUUGCUGUGCAGAACCAACUGAUCAUUCCACAAAGUUCCAGGCAUUCCUCAGCAGUGCGGCAGUUGCUGGCCUCCAUGAUGACUGUGGACCCCCAGGAGCGCCCUCACAUUCCUCACCUCCUCAGUCAGUUGGAGGCUCUGCAGCCUGCAGCUCCUGGCCAGCACACUACUCAGAUCUGAAGAAACCAGUGGACAACUUGAGGACCACCCGUUGUGCCUUGGAAAGAGGCUUUCAUCCCUCAUUGGAUCUCUACCCAUUCUGUCAGGACUGCUACAGUUGGGGAGAGAGUGGGGGGACUAUUAUCCCUGUCCUAUUUCUCAGUCCUCUUCUGCUCUUACCCCCAGUAUCCAGGUAAGGGGUCUGAGUGGAGCUGGGCCAGGGUGAAACUGAGAAAAUGUGAUACAUGGCUCUGAGCUGGACUGCUGGGCAUGUAUCAUGGUCAGCUUCCAAAUCUGGAAGCAGAAUAAAGUGAAAGCAGGUUACUGUGGA